AUGUCUCGCAUUCCCACGGAUACGGAUGAUGCAACAUAUCGGUUAUCUUUAACGGAUCAAGACACUGUUAAUACACUCGGCUUAUCUUGGCAGCCCAGCACAGAUACUUUUCAUUUUUCCCUUGGUACUUGGAAUCCGCCAGCACACAUGACAAAACGUUCUCUUCUGGCUGAUAUUAAUCGUAUAUUCGAUCCCAUUGGACUCAUUCCUCCUAUAUUAAUAAAACGCAAGAUCUUCUUACAGCAAUUAUGGUUACUAAAAUUGAGCUGGGAUUCAAUACUAUCAGGAGACCUACAAGCACGUUGGAUCAAUUUUUAUUCCAGUCUUAAGUCAUUGGAUAAAUUGUCUAUUUCUCGGAAGGUCAUAAUUGAUGGUGAAUCUACUAUUACUUUACAUGGUUUCUGUGAUACGUCACAAGCAGCAUAA